UCCGGUCCGCGGCUCUGCGAGUCAUUACUGAGCAGAGAGCCGUCAGCCGGUCGUGUCUCUACCCGAGGCCGGAUGGUAAAAUCCAACCUCCAGCGGAUCCUUAACAGUCAUUGCUUUGCUCGCGAGAAAGAAGGAAAACAGCAGCCCCCUAGCACCAUGGCGGACCUCAGUAGCGGUAUCUGUGACAUGAUCGGGCACUUGUCCCUGCACUGUAGUAGUACCCGCGGCCCAGGGCCUCUGUGGUGCUCCGAUGCCCCUCUCCCACCCCUGAAGAUCCCAGGUGGGCGAGGGAAUGGUACACGGGAUCACGCUCCUUCAGCUCGGCUUGUCUACACAGACCGGAAGGUGACAGUAACAGAAGAGCCACCAGGGAAUGGGCGCCCUGGGAUACUCCACUUCCAAAGUCGUCUCACAGUUACCAAGACAAUACAGUGGGAUGCUGUACUAGGCAACAACGCACUCUAUGUGGAGAUACCUCUUGACCCUCUUCCUGAAGGUAGCAAAGAAAGUUUUGCAGCUCUUCUCGAGUAUGCCGAAGAACAUCUGAAAGUUGUUAGCGUGUUUGUCUGCUUUUACAAGAACAGAGAUGAUCGUGCUAAACUGGUGCGUACGUUCAGUUUCCUGGGCUUUGAGAUAGUGAAACCGGGCCAUGCCCUCGUCCCACCUCGACCCGAUGUUUUCUUCAUGGCCUACAGUUUUGACAGGGACUCUUCUGACGAUGAGUAGUACUUCUGACAACGCCCCAUACCUAUUUUUCUUCCUUCCAUUGUAUACUUUUCCUCACAGUCUCAGCAUAUGUACAUUAGUUUUUUGUUCAACUCGGGGCUUGUAGCUUUGAGUUCAAGUAGUCACUUCCUCAUGCUUUUUGUGUUCAAGGGAAUUUAUAAGUAAUGUAUCUUGUUUUCAGCAACUGUUUUAUAAGACUGUUAUUACAGUGUAAAAUAGUUGCCUAAAAAAAAAGGAGGGAUUUGAUUUCUAAAUCACACUGCUGUCAUGAGUCAAUUUACAAUAAAAUAUUCAGUUUUCUGCAUGUCUGCUUUUCUUUUUAAUGACCCAUUUAAGAUUAGUUUUAAUUAUCCAACAUACAACAUGCAUCAUCUGGUUUUUACUUGGAUACUACAGCCUUGUUUUUUUCCCCCCCCAAAUUCCCCCUUAAUUCAAAUGAAAAAUCAAUGGGACCAGUUUUUUUUUGUAGCCAUGUUAACUUUAAUUUCAAGCAACAGCCCCAAAAUUUGCACUUCCUGUCUGAGCAGUUCAGACUACGAGUGUAAUGAAAAGGUGAAUCCUGUUGCAUGUCUGAUGUAGGUGGUUUAUUUUCACAUUGAAGACCUUAUGAGUGUAAUGGUACCAAGUGAGAGGAAAGUCAAUAAUCCAAAGUGCUUUUGCUUCUAUCUGCUGUGUGUAUCUAUUAUUAUUAUUAUUAUUAUUAUUAUUAUAGAAAUUGUUUUUGGAGGUUGGGAAAAAAAAAGAUUGGAAUUUUCUCCCUUUUGAUCAGUGUUCUAAACCUUCCCCCCCACAAUAGUGUUGAAUGUUGUUCACCUGCAUAGUGGUACCUGUUGUGCUUCUGUGAUAAUAAAACAAUAAAAAUA